GAGAGCGGUUGAUGGGGGGGGGGGGAGGCGAGGGAACGGUGGAGCGGCUGUGGAGCUGAGCAACUCUGAGAGAGCUGCUACGUCACUCAGUCGCCCUCCCCCAACACACACAACUAGGGGACCUCCAGGUGUUUGGGACCCUGGCGUCUGUCAACUUCUACCCAACCUUCAUUCCUUUCCCCAAGCCCUCAGGAGCACUCAGCCUUCUAGCACAGCCUUGGCUCUUCCCUUCCUUAUUCUCCCAUGUAGUGCCUUUUCCUAUUGUGAAGGGGAGAUUCACUUCAGGGCUCCCCCAGAAUGCCCCAUUGGGGGACUUCUGCUGGGUGGUGCUGAAGAGCCCACCAGAGGCACCUGGCCCACCCACGUGCUCUGAGGACAGAAAAUGGAACUCUGUGCUACUUGGGUGCUGCUGGCUUCACUCUGAAGCUAGGAGGACAAGUUGGGGGGGGGACUUUUCUAUCCUAUCUAGCCCAUUGCAAAGAGGAACUACACUGUUAAGUCUCCAGCCCUGAACUUAAGACAUAGUGGGCACCUGCACCCAGGGGGUGCCACAUGCUGGGGGAAGGCAGGCACAUGUGCCAGAGGAGUGUUUACCUGGGAGUAAGCUUCCUUUUGCACAGUAGCACUUGCUCUUGAGUAAAUAUGCAGAAGGCAGCACUGUGAAUAGGAUUAAUAUGAUUUUGGAUAUGAGGUCCAAGCUAUGCUUCUAGGCAGAAGAAAUUUACUGGGUUACCAUUCAGUACCUGCUCCAUGGUGAUAGUUACAACAUCCUGGCACAUUUGCUCACAGUACUGUGUGCCUGCUGCACGUCCCCUCAAUCAGCUGGACUCUACAUAUUGUUCUACCAUCUGUGGUGCAGAGAACUAUUUUCACAGCCUCAGGCGAGACAUGUGAUGUAGAUUGGCUGGUGUAGUUCUUGGGCAAGAUAAUUUGAUUGUAUUGCUAGUAUCUCUAGAACAGGAGGAAUAUUUAGCAGCUCACAACUGGUUUUUCUGGAAUGAAGAGAUGCUUCAAGUUUUUUUUGAGGAGUCUACAGUUUGUGGUAGAAAGGGUUUCACAUUGUUUUAUUCUUUUUCUUUAAAAAAAACCCAGGACAUUAUUAGUGUGAAUAAAUGCUACAUACAACUAUGACAUACUCUACAUGCCUUAAGUAUCUGAUGGAAGAAUGGAUUUUUCUUGAAUAUCUCCCAUAUGUGAUCAUCUGUUCGGUAGUGCUGGUGUUUAUCAACAUCCUGUUAUUUUUUACAAUUCCUGCAUGUGUACUGCUGCUUCUUUACCUUUCUUCUUUGGUCCUCUUCAUCUAUGAGAGGACACAUAAACUAAAAGAAGCUUAUUCCAGUAAAGCAUGGGAUGGUGCACGACUAAUUAUAACAUUCAUGUGGGAUAGACUUGGAAGAUAUUUGAAUGGUUACGAACUACAUGGCAUAGAAAACCUACCAGAUGGACCAGGCCUUAUAAUAUUUUACCAUGGAGCAAUUCCUAUAGAUUAUGGUUACUUUAUAUCCAAACUUUUUCUUCUGAAGCGCCAAAGUUGCUAUACAGUAGCUGAUCGUUGUGUUUUCAAACUUCCAGGUUUAAAAAACUUAUGGGCUGUAAUGUGGCUUUUACCUGGUACACAGCAAGAGUGUGUAAAUGUUCUAAAAAAUGGUCAUCUGCUGGGACUUUCACCAGGGGGAGCUCGAGAAGCACUAUUUAGUGAUAAAUCAUACAAACUUGUAUGGAAAAAUCGGAAAGGUUUUGCUCAAGUGGCUAUAGAUGCCAAAGUGCCCAUCAUUCCAAUGCAUACACAAAAUGUUCGGGAAGGGUUUAGGAUCUUUGGACGAACAAGAUUCACUAAGUGGUGUUUUGAAUUUCUUCGGGUGCCUUUUCUUCCUCCAUAUGGUGGAUUUCCAGUCAAAUUUCGUACAUAUAUUGGUAAACCCAUUCCAUAUGAUCCAAAUAUAACAGCUCCAGAGUUAGCAACAAAGAGCAAGGCAGCACUCCAGGCAUUAAUUCAAAGACACCAGCAAAUUCCUGGAAAUAUCUAUGAUGCUUUAAUGGAAAGAUUUCACAAAGAGAAGAAAAAACCCUGAAAUGAAUUAUUAGUAAAUUUCAGCAGUUUUUUCUCUAAUCAAAUAUAUAAACUUUGUCUCAAAUAACUUCAACAAUUCCUCCACAUUAACACUGAGUAUAAAUGAUCUGCAAAAGGACGUUAUGUACUGAAAACAGAGAUGAUUUAUGUACUUUUGUAACCCAAUAAAAUAUUUAAUUAAAAAAAAUUUUUGAAAGAAAAAU